CGACUUCUCAUUUCAAUGUACAUGAUCGUCAACGAUUUCCGCCAGUAGUCUCGAAUAAACUUUCAAAUAAAUCACUCGUCUCUAGUUAUAGAGUUCUAUAGCUUUCAGCGCCAGUUAGAAUUACAUCUAUAUGCUACAAUUCUCUCCGGGUUGACAAAAUGUUCUCGAGGAUGUUGCAAAGGCCAUUAAUCGUUACGAUUAAAAAAAGCUCAACCCGCUCGCAAUAUCUCGACGUCUGGCAAAGAUGUAACUCCUCUCAAAGAAUACCUGAUCUUAAUUUGAAGCAAAAACAAAAGAAAUUUAUUACAUCAUUUCCACCGUUGACAAAACCCAUCCCGAAUUUGCCUAGAGCCGUUUACUCGACUGCAAAAGAGGAUCAAACGACGCAGAUUACAGUUCUAUCAAAUGGCCUGAAAGUCGCGUCCGAAAAUAGAUUUGGACAAAUUUGUACCAUAGGUGUCCUUAUUGACUCGGGUCCGCGAUAUGAAGUGGCAUAUCCCAAAGGCAUUUCGCACUUCCUUGAAAAGUUAGCAUUUAAUUCUUCAAACACAUUUGACAGCAAGACUAAGAUAAUGGUGGCGCUAGAAAAAUAUGGCGGUAUAUGCGAAUGCAACUGUCAAGUGUCUCGCGACACAUUUGUCUAUGCAGUAUCGGCGGAACGUCGCGGGUUGGAUAGAGUAACACAAAUUCUAGGUGACGUUGUGUUAAAGCCCCAAAUUACGGAGGAGGAGGUACGAAUUGCCAGACAAAUAAUAUAUUCUGAAUUGGAAUCUUUAUAUAGGCCAGAACAAGAGAUAUUGAUGGACAUGAUUCAUUCUGCUGCGUAUGGACACAAUACAUUAGGUUUUCCUAAUAUUUGUCCCAAAAAGAAUAUUGAAAAAAUCGAUAGGAAAAUUUUACAUACAUAUCUCAAGCAUCAUUAUGUACCGAGUAGAAUGGUAGUUGCUGGAGUUGGUGUUGAACAUGAUGACCUGGUCCACGCCGUUACUAAAUAUUUUGUAGAUCAAAAAUCUAUCUGGGAGGAACAACCUGAUCUUAUUCUGCCAAAUGCAAAUACUGUUGAUAUGUCCAUUGCACAAUAUACUGGAGGAUGUGUUUUGGAAGAAUACAAAGCGCCAAUUUGCACCAGUGGCUUGCCUGAAUUAUCACAUAUUGUAAUAGGUUUAGAAGGCUGUUCUCAUCAAGAUUCAGAUUUUGUUGCUAUGUGGGUAUUAACCAUGAUGAUGGGAAGUGGCGGCAGUUUUAGCGCUGACAGUCCUGGAAUAGGCAUGUACACGCGUUUGUACACCAAUGUGGUGAAUAAAUAUGGGUUAUACAGUGCAACUGCAUGCAAUUUUGGUUAUGCAGAUACUGGACUAUUUUUUAUUCACGCCUCGUGCGCAUCGUUUCAAGUGAAGGAUAUGGUGGAAGUAAUUGUGCAUGAGAUGAUCACCAUGACAAAAGAAAUUUCGGAUAGUGAAUUAGCGAGAGCGAAGAAACAAUUGCAGUCGAUGCUACUUAUGAAACUGGAACAUCGGUUUGUUGUAUUUGAGGACAUUGGCAGACAUAUCCUAGCGACUGGCUUCAGAAAACGGCCAGAAUAUUUCAUACAAGCCAUUGAUAAAAUAUCUAAGGAUGACAUCAACCGAGUAGCGCGACGUUUAUUGAAAUCGCCACCUUGUUUAGCGGUUUUGUCACGCGGCGAAGAGAAGGCUUCCUGGGAAAACAUUCAAAACAGUCUUUUUGCUUUGCUUGAUGCGCUGCAAGGCCGGUUCUCGUUUCUUUUUCGUAAAAUCAUGCAUAAAAUAUUCUAACAGUUUUCUCAUUCUAAAUAAAUGUCACUUAUUCGCAGUUAUACAUUAAUAAAACACCAAACGUUCGAUUUCACAUCAAAUUGAACCUUGAAAAUACGAGAUUGAUUCAUUAUAUUUUCAUUAUUAAACAAAAUUUCGAAAUAGCCAAAUUUUUCAUACAUUUUUAAGAGGAUGUUAUAAAAAAUGUAAUAUUAGGAAAAAUAGUGUUGACGUCCAAAAUUUAAAAUAAUAUAUACAUAAUAUGCAAAAUGUUCCUUAUAUGUUAUCUAGAUUUUGUAUAUUUGGUAUAUGAUGAAAUUAAUAAAUUAGAAAUACACGAAAA